AUGUACUGCAAAAAGAUUUCAAAAGCAACUGCCAAUGGAUGCAGCCAGUGCUUGAUAACGUGGCAAGAUUGUCAAGACACUACCUAUGUGCCGCCAUCCAAACAGCAGAAGUAUUCACAACAUCAAUACUCGCAACAAGCGAGUGGUUCCAAUUGGGACUGGAAUCAAUAUCAAGACGGAAGUCACACUCCCAGAACGCCGAGGGGCACGAAACUGGAGUGGCAGCAUCCGAAGUCUCCUCGACAAGGCCGAGGCAAAGGACGUGGCAAAGGGAAGAAGAAGGAGCAAAUGAAAGGCCAUCAGCAGCAGAUUUCGCAGAAGGGAAAAGUUCAGGAGGUAGGGCAGGAAAAGGGGAAAGGAAAAACUCCUACCACGCCAGCGGGAACGAUGAUUCCCCCAGAACCUCCUUGGACACCAUCCUUGAACAGUGCUACAGGUCUGGCUCCGCUUCCACCUCCCACAGAGCCACCGCCGACAUCCGAGGAAGGCAUUAUAUUGAAAGAAUUGAUCACCGCCUUGAAAAAGUCACCAACCGAGCAGGACCCGGAAGUGAAAGCCAUUGUCCAGAAAACCACAUUGAAAGAGGGACAAGGUGCAGCACAAACACUGUACACUGCAGUAGACGAUUUGACCAGUGCACGGGAAGCUUUGGACUGCGCCAGACUGGCAAGACACAACCUGCAUAUCCGUUGGCGGAAUUUCUUGGCGGAGGCAGUCAUGAGGUGGCAGAAACAUACCGCAGAUUUUCAAAAAGAAGAGAAGGAGCUCACAGAACAUAUCGAAGUUGCCAGGCAAGCACUGCAACACGCGGUCAAGAAGUUCGAGGAAUCCAAGACCGAACUGGGAGACCAAGUUGUAGAUGUGGAUGCGGAAGCAGAAAUGAACGAGGGAUCAGAAGGAGCAGACAAGGACACUAUGGGGGCGGCUCUUCAGGAGAGCUUACAGACCAUGUCUGCCCAACUGGUCUCACUGCAAGCAUCUGCCGAAGCAAUGGUGACGGACGAAGUGAACUCAAACAAACGACAAAGAACAGAUGGAGGCCUUGGAUCUGGACCUUCGUUCUCUGCGGGAGCCGGCAUCCCGGCUGGUUCACCACCUGCGGCUGCACCAGCCAUGCAGCCAUUUGCAACAAAGGAAAAGCCGCCUUUUGGCCAGCCCGACAAGGAUGAUGAAGAAGAUGAAACUCAGUUUUUCCUGCAUGAAGAGCCAGACUCAGUCCAGAUUUUGUUCGAUGCAUUCCUUCGAGAAGGUCUCAUCAUUGGACCGAGGCCGAGGCCUCUACGACUUGAAAGGCAUGCAAUCACGUGGAUUGAUGAUUUCAGACACCUCUGGGCUGAUGUGAUGGCACGGAAUGAAGUAUUUGCCAUCAGAAUUGUCAAACCAAAGCCGCCCCAGACACGGUCUGCAAACUAUGCAUGUCACAUCGUCAUUGAGCAAGGUAUCACCCCUCGAAAAGCGGCGUGUCUUAUCACUGCACUACUUGAGGGUGAACAAAUGGACGCAUUAAUUCAAGGUGCGUACUCAUUGCCAGUCAUUGUCCGUGAACAGACCAUCAUUGAUGCCAUUGAGAUUGAACCACAAUGUGAAGGCCGCUGUCGCACGAUCACAUGGGGAACAGUCCCCAUUCAUCUUGUUGAAGCAACUGAGAUUGUCUCAGGAUGUAGCAUUCGUGUGAGAGUCACCAAUCCACGAAGUCAAUUUCCCAUAUGCCCUGAACAAGAAGAACCUCAUUUUGAAGACAUUGCCCUUUUCCAGACAAGCAUGUCAGUGUCUCAAACAUGUGGCAUUCACAAAUCAGGAGGAAACACAACACAGGGAGAUGGCGCACAAUUUGCAUUUGACACCAGGGCUGCGGAGUUUAGACCUGGAGCAUGGAACAUUCGUGCGCAACCUGAACACAUCCAAGAUCUUUAUGCACAGUGGUCACAGCGUGCGUUUGCUUGGGAGGGUGAAGUUGCAGCAUCACGUGUCAUGACUUGGUUCGUUGACCAUAGAAAUGACUUCCAUUGUUACCAGGGCCGUAUUGUCACAUUGUACGAGGACUUUGAAGACUGGGAAAGACGUAUCAAACAAACAUGGCAGGAUCGACUUGAUUCUAGUGUGGAGCUAGAAAUCAACAUUGUCACACCAUUGCCUCCCAGAAUCGAGUACAAUAUCGCAGCACAUGUCGUGCUCGUGCAAGCGCCUCAUGCAAUGUGGGUGACUUCAUUAGUGUCUGCAAUUGAUCCCACUAUCUAUGGACCAGAACCGAGACGUGCGGCCAUCACGACCCAUGAACACAUUGCUGUUGAGCAUCUCCUUGUUGCAUGCAACUAUGAUCCUGAUUGCUUGAAUCCGUGGAGUCAAGUUCAUUGUCAAGUCUGGUAUGACAGGAUCCAGAUGCAGCCUGGAAUGCCACUGCCCGGACGUUCCGGAUAUGGCAUUGAAUUGCAUGUGCAGAGGCAAUUCAUUGUCUUUGCACCUGUACAGCCGAUCCAGCAAGAUGAAACUUCUCAUUUGCAGACGGCCAUUGUUAGACACAAGAAGAUUGCUCUUUCUCUUGAACAAAGCUUGGAUCUCGAGUCUGCAUCAGUUGUUCCGAUAUCACUGAUUGACGAAGCUGUGAAUGCUGACUUUCCUGAUCAGGUGUUCUUACCCGACCCCAUACAAGCAGAUGACAUUGAGAAAGAGCUCGCUUUGCUUGGCUGGAAAAGACAUGUUUAUUUGCUUCAAGGCACUGGUUUUGCACUCUGCGUACCGGUGGAUUGGAAAUGUGAUGCGCAGAAAGCAUGUUAUGUGUAUUAUCCGGUGGGAAGUUGCGACAGGCUGGUUGUAACGACGAACAUCCAACAUUUGGCCUGCUUAGAAGUGUCUUCCAAGCCCUGCAAGCGGCUCUGCCAUCAGCGUGCCUUGAUGUUCAACAUGUCAGAGGUCACGCUGGAGACCCGUGGAAUGAAUUGGCAGAUUUUCUUGCCAAAACAGAGGUUUCUGGGCAGCUGCUUUGAUGUUCGGCCACCGAAUUUGCCAGCAAUGACAACUGCAGACUGCAGUCAACCAAAGCACAGGAUCAGUCGGCAUCACAUGGCACUUAGCUUAGCAACCUGUAAUGUUGGAUCUUUAUUCACAAGCCCAGACGGAUAUGGAGGCAAGUUGACAUAUAUGCGGCAGCAAAUGAAAGAAUUGCAAGUCAACAUCCUUGGCAUUCAGGAGGCGAGAAGUUCAGCAGGGACCUCAUUAGCAGAAGAUGUUAUUCGCCUUGCUAGUGGCUGUGAUCAGGGAAGAUUUGGAGUCGAACUGUGGAUCAACACCUCACAGCCGAUUGCAUAUCACGGCCAGAGACCUUGCUACAUCCAGAAGUCGCAUGUUCAAGUAGUGUACGCAGACCCUAGAAGACUCCUCGUGCGUAUGGUUCAUCCCUGCAUUGACUGUCACAUUUGUGUCCUGCAUGCACCGCAAAGCGGUAGACCUCUCCAAGAAAGACGCGAGUGGUGGGCAGAAACCAACCAAAUCCUGCAUGCCCACACCGGAAGUGUCUCAUUAUAUGUCUUGAUUGAUGCAAAUGCAAAGACAGGACGCAGUUGCGACGCCGUUGUCUUUGACAAGGAUGACCAUUGCUCUGCAAAUACCGAAUUUUUUCGUGAGUUUCUGCAAGAACGAGGUCUUUGCCUACCAUGCACAUCUCACAUUCACCAAGGUACAGAUCACACUUGGACAGCGCCGGAUGGUCAGACACAGCACAGAAUUGAUUUUGUAGCCAUUCACAUUGCAGAGCUCAGCUUCUGUACUCAUUCCUGUGUAGUUGAACACUUUGAUCUUGGAAAUUUGCAUGAAGAUCACCGAGCUUCUGCACUCCAAUUGCAAUGGACACAAGACAGAGUGAUUCGCCCUCACUCCAAAUCUCACAUCGGUCGUAUUGACCGGAAUGCCAUCACCGAGAAACGGAACAUUCUUGAUUUGCAGACUGUUUGCGCAAGCCCUUGGUAUGAAGAUGUUGAGACGCAUGUCCAAUCCUUCAACAUAGCCAUGCAUUCGACGCUCCAAGCAGCAUGUCCUUUGCACAAACAAGGAAAGAAGAAGUAUUAUCUGACAAAUGAAGCCUGGACCUUGCGUGCCGCAAAAUUACAUUUGCGCCGCCGCUUACAGCAUGCUCGAAGGCAAUCCAGUCUCGAUACCCUUCGCCUUGUGCUCUGGGCAUGGAAGCAUCAAGACGAUAACCAGGAGUAUCGACACCAGACCAUCGAACAACAUGCGGCCUAUGUCAAUACCACGCUCUGCAUCACGCUGCACCUGAACUGUCGAUAUUACAAAAUCACCAGACAAUUGAAGCAAGUCUUGCAGGCCACAAAGCACACGCAACUUGCAAAAGAGCUUGACAAUGUCGAUGAGAAAACAGCAGCGGGUUCGAUUUUGCAGAUGCUCAAGCCAUUCAUUGGCCCUACCAAUCCAAAGAAACAGAAGAAAAUGGGACUGCCAGCUGUCCGCAAACAAGAUGGCAGAAUUUGUGCCACCCCAGAUGAAGCGCAAGCCAGAUGGAUUGAGUUUUUCUCCCUCAUGGAGGGUGGCAGAAGGCUAAGCCACCAAGAAUAUCGUGCAAUUUGGCGAACCAACCUCCAAAAGUUCCGUGCACAAGAGCCCUUUGCUGUUGCUAUCACUGAACUCCCGAGUUUAGUAGAGUUAGAAGCUGCAUUCCGGCGUGUUGCGACAGGGAAGGCGAUCGGCCUUGAUGGUAUCCCGCCAGAACUGUGCAAAGCCAAGGCCACGGAAUUGGCAAAGCUUACUUACUCAAUGCUCAUGAAAAUCUUCUUACAUGGACAAGAAGCAGCAGAACAUAAGGGUGGACGGUUAGCCAUAGCUUGGAAAAACCGUGGAGAUCCACGUGAUUGCGAGACUCACAGGUCUCUUUUAAUCUCCAGCCACAUUGGCAAGACCAUCCACAGGGCGCUGCGACAAAAGCAUCAUGGACUCUACACUGCAUAUAUGCAAACCCAACAACUGGGCGGGAGACCGAAAAUCCCUGUAGGAAUUCCUCUGCAUUUGUCACGAGCAUUCCUGAGAUGGCAGCAUAGAUUGAAGAGACCAACAGCAUGCAUCUUUCUCGAUCUCGCAGAAGCAUUUUACAGGUUGAUCAGACCUCUAGCGCUUGGCGGAGAUAUUUCUGAUGAUGAUCUCGCAGUCAUUGCCAUACGCCUUGGCUUGGAUGGAGACACAUUGCACCAUUUUCAUGCUCAGUUACAGGAUCCAUCUGCACUGCAACAAGCAGGGGCCAGUCCUGCUGUGCAAAGAUUCCUACAAGCACUUCACAGUGACACUUGGUUCACCAUUGGACCACAGCAUGAUGUCGUGCGCACGUCGAUCGGGUCUCGCCCAGGAGACUCGUACGCGGAUGUAGUGUUCGGUCUGCUAUGGGCAAAGCUCCUGCGUCAAUAUGAAAGUGCUUUGAUCAAGCAUGACAUCAUCGAAGUGAUUCCUGCCUUUGAUUUGCCAUGCCUUUUUGAUGAUGCAUCGGAAGGUGGAAGAGACAUCCCGUUUGUAGGUCCAACGUGGAUGGAUGACCUCAAUGUAUGCAUCGCAGCAGACACCAAUCAUGGCAUCGAAAGCAAGACGGCAACUGCCCUUAGCAUUUUGCUCGACCAAUGCAAAACCUUCCACAUGGAACCGAAUUUACGGAAAGGAAAAACAGAGGUCAUGUUUGCUUUUAGGGGCGCUCACACCCGCAGUUUCCGCCGUAGGUAUUAUUCACAUCAAGCAGGUUUGCCGGUUGUUUGUGAAUCUGGUACUGUCUGUGUUUCAGUUGUGAGUCGGUACUUGCAUUUAGGCGGAAUCCUGCACCACAGGGAUGUUGACAGAGUUGAAGUGACCAGACGUCUCGCUAUUGCCCACCAAGCAUUCACUGCUCAUCGACGAGUCCUGUUUCACAACAGGCAUCUGAUGUGGGAAAAGAGACGGGAACUCUUCACCACGCUUAUCCUGAGCAAACUAGUUUAUGGAUUGGAGUCAUGGGCCAUGGAGUCACAAGCAGUCAAAACACAGUUUCAUAGAGGGGUCAUGAAUCUCUACCGAAGGUUGCUGAAGGUUCCUCAUGAUUUGCAUUUGACUGACUUACAAUUGCUUGCGAAGAUUGGCUUGCCGAAACCCGAUGAACUUCUGCGUAGCAGUCGACUUCGAUAUUUUGGCACAUUGCAUCGAUGUGGCCCUGCAACAAACUGGGGCCUUCUGGCGGAGGAUGCUGCCUGGAUUGCGCUAUUGCAGGAUGACUUUCGCUGGCUUUGGGAUCAAAUAUGCAAUACUACGGAUCUUCCAGAUCCAGUCAUGCAUUACCCAGCCUGGAAAGAUCUGAUCACCUUCCAUGCACCUUAUUGGAAGAAGCUUAUCCGACGCAGUGUUGCGCAUGCCAUCGCACAAAGACAAAACUACCUAGUAGCCCUGGAGUUGCAUCAGAACGUUGGAAAGGUUUUGUUUGAUCACAGUUGGGUUCAGAGCUUGCCCACGGAUGACAAAAUUACCAUGCCCACAGCAUCCUAUGGAUGCAUGCAAUGCCAGAAACGACAUCUCUCGCAUGCAGGUGAGAGCGUCCAUAUGUUCAAGAAGCAUGGACGUGUUGCAAAAGCCAGGCAUCUCUUUGCUGAAACGCACUGCCCAGCAUGCUUGAGAGAAUACCAUACGAGGGCAAAAGUGCUGGCACAUUUGCGGAUAGCAGAUUCGUGCAGACAGCAACUCAUUGGAAAGCGAAUGCAUUGUCCAUUGAUGCCUGGAGUUGGAUCUCAAGAGGACAGAGCGCUGGAAGAGAGAUUGGACCGUGCACAACCGUUUUUGCAAGCACUUGGACCACACAACCAACCGAUUCAAAGAGCUGAUUUUGAGGCACAUGAUGAACAGCUGUUUGAGGACCUUUACCUUGCACUUCUUGAUGCACAAGAAGACAUUGCAUUGGACACCCUCAUGCGACAGGAAAUCUGUCAGCAUGCAGUUAGCUGGACAGUGUGCCAACGAACCCUCCUUCAUUUCAAUGAAGUUUUCACACCGCAAGAUGCCGAAGUUUUGGUUUUUUCCUUUGACAAGGUUCGAAAUUGCAUACAGACACUGAGUAAUGCUGAGGCAUGGUCAUUUCUGGGUGCAGCAUGCACCCGUGAGGGCCGACAGCUCUCUAAUGAUGUCAGUGUAUGGGAGGAUUGGUUCACACAGAUGGCCUACUCUCAAUGCAAUCCUCAGACACCUUACAGAGCAAUGCCAAGAUCUUUGAGCAGACAAAAAAUCAUCUUACACGCAUAUGCUGGACGCCGUCGCCGAGGAGACAUUGAAUGGUAUAUCGACGAGAUUGCCAAGAGCCAUCCAGGGAUUGUCAUUCAUGUUGCGUCAGUUGAUAUCGUGAUUGAUGAGAAUUACGGCGAUAUUGCCAAAGAAGCCACUCGUAAUUACUGGGUUGGUCACAUCCUUGCUGGACAUGUGAUCGGGUUUUUGGCGGGACCCCCUUGUAAUACAUGGAGCAGAGCGCGCCACCAUGUACUGGCUGAUGCAUCAGGUCCCCGUGUGGUCCGGACGCCGGACGCACCGUGGGGAAAAGAUUCAUUGCGAUUGAGCGAACUACAGCAGGUUUGCCUUGGAACAUUACUGUUGGGUUUCGCCUUUCAAUGCAUCGUCGCGCUUGCUCUACGCAGUGGUGUUGGCUUCGUUGAACACCCAAAAGACCCGGAGCAAAUUGACCUAGUCAGCAUCUGGCGGCUCCCCAUUCUACGAGCCCUUUUGGACCUACCAAACGUCAGACUGCUCCACCUUGCACAAGGACUUUUCGGAGCACCCUCAGCAAAGCCGACCACAUUACUGGUCCUUGGUAUGCCGACGCUUGAGGCUGAACUCCAUGCGCAUCGAGUCACGACAGAACUUCCACAUGGUUUGUCGGUAGGCAAGGAUGAUUUUGGGCAGUUCAAAACUGCGCCGUUAAAAGAAUACCCACCGGCAAUGUGCAAAGGUAUCGCAUCUGCCCUUUGCACGGAUGUCAUUAGCAUUGAGUGCAAUGACACAACUUUGCCGACUGAUUUGGUGCAACGCUGUAUAGGCAUGACAAAUCAGUUUUUCGGCGAUUUCAUUGGACACGAUGGAUAG